AUGGCGGCGGAGAAGGGUGUGGAGGCAGCGGAAAAGGGAGCGACGGCGGCGGAGAAGGGACAGAUGGGAGUGGAGGCUGCAGAUGAGGAGAAGGGAGCAAGGGCGGUGGAGAAGGGACAGGCGGGAGUGAAGGCCGUAGAUGAGGAGAAGGGAGCCACGGCGGAGGGGAAGACGGCAACGGCGGUGGAGAAGGGAGAGGAGGAUUCGGCGGCCGCGGAUGAGGAGCAGGAGGGAGCGACGGAGGAGGGGAAGGGAAAGAAGAGAGAAACCGCCGCGGUUGAGAAGGAACCGACGGCGGAUUGGGAGGUGGGGUGGAAAUGGAAGGUCGCGGCGACGGCCGCGGGUGGCGAGGAGGGGCCGCAGCCGAGAAGGGAGCGGCGGAGGUGGCGAAGCACGAGAAAGGACCGAGGUGUGGCGGCCGAGAAGGAGAAGAAGGAGGAGGAUGCGGCAGCGGCGACGGAGGGGGGCGGCGAAAAGACGGUCUUUUUCUUCAGUGCCGCCGCCGCCGGGAAGAUGAUCACCCUGGUGAGCUCGGAGGGGCAGCCGUUCAGGGUGUCGGAGGCGGCGGCGCGGCUGUCGGUGGUCCUCGCCGACAUGAUCGACAACGGCUGCGCUGGCGGCAACAUCCCGCUGCCCAACGUCGACGAUAGGGCCCUCGCCACGGUGAUCAAGUACUGCGAUAAGCACGCGGCCGCCGAGCCCGGGUCCAACCACGGCGCCGCGGACGAAGGCGGCGGCAGCAGCAGCAGCGGCGGCAACACCGCGGCGUCCAAGAAGGCGCUGGAUGAGUGGGACCGCAAGCUUGUUGAAGACCUCACCCAGGACGCCCUCUUCGAUCUCAUCACUGCCGCCAACUUCCUCGACAUCAAGGGGCUCCUCGACGCCAGCUGCCAGAAGGUCGCCGACAUGAUCGUGAAGAAGACCCCGGCCCAGUUGCGCACGAUGUUCAGAAUCGCCAACGACUUCACUGCUGAGGAGGAGGAAGAGAUCCGCAAGGAGUCCCCCUGGGUCUUCGAUGUCGAGGAGGACGACGAGGAGGGCGAGGAUUGA